GUUAUCCCAAUAGAGGGCAGCAGUGAGACGUACAGGGUGGCCAGCUGCCGUUAAAGCAUUCAGAAGAAGAAACGGCAGCCGAAGAAACCGGUGAAGGCACGUGGAUACAGACUAUCGUCGAGUUUAAGAUAUGACUACGUCUUAAAGGGAAGACGUUUUAAUGCAACGGGAUAAUACGAGGUAGCGUGUUUCUUUGGUGUUCGUAAUGAAAAUAUAGUAUAGUAUACUUUUCUUUUAAAAUUUGCGACACGAUUUAAACCCAACACGUUGCUGCUAUGCUAAAAUAUUUAUUGGACUCUUCUGCAAAUUUUCUUCCCUCGGCCACUGUCAUUUUCCACCAAGCUAACAUUAUCAGAUAAUACAGCUGUUACGAUGGCAGAGGCUCAGAAGAAAAGUCGUGCCACGAACUUUGCAGAGCAGCAGCUUCUGCGUCAUGGAUGGGAACAUGGUAAAGGUCUGGGCAGAUCUGAGAAUGGAAUAUCAGAAGCUAUCAAGGUCAAAGUAAAGUGCGACAAAGGAGGGGUUGGCCACAAGGAAGGAGAGCAGUUUACCUACCACUGGUGGGAUCAUGUGUUCAACAAGGCCUCCUCCAGUCUGCAGGUGGAGUCUGAUCAAAACGGUAUUAAGUUCAAGAAGACGGCGCAGGACGAUGGAGACAAUGUGAUUUCCAAUAAAAAAACACGGAAAACCGCAGACGCAAAAGCCAAACUUUACGGAUGUUUCGUCAAGUCGGCCACACUGCUGUCUGGUCAAGAACAGCCGGAGCCAAAAUCAUCCCUUUCAGAUGACGACAGUAGCUCAGAUGAGGAUGACAAUAAACUGGACCUCUCCAGCACCACCAAGCUUUCUGAUGCUGAUUUGAUAAAAGUCUGCGGAGGACGCACAGCUCACAAAGGGGCCAGACAUGGUUUUAACAUGAGUGCCAAGUUAGCUAGGCUGGAGCAGCAGGAGGCGGAGUUUAUGGCUAAAUAUGGCAACCGGGCCAAACACUCAAGCAGCUCAUUGGUUUGUGAUAAACAAGGUCCGACACGAGUUUCAUCACUCUCUGACUUGCCUGAAGAGAUGGCUGGAAACGCUCCGAAAAUUCCGAAACCAGAUGUCAAACCCAGGAGGAAAUCCAAACCUGUGGAUACCGAUGACAAAUCGUCUCAGGAUGAGGUCCCGGUGGACGGUGGUAAAACAGUUGUUUGUCACGAAAGAAAAAGGAAACGGAAGAGCAAGAACAGGACAGAGCAACACGAAGAAGAAGGAGAAGAAGAAAAGCUUUCACCUGCCGCAAAAAAAGAAGGUCCAGAGGAGAGCGUCGACCUGCAUGGUGACAAUAAAAAGAAAAAGAAAAAGAAGAAGAAGAAGAACAGACUGUGUGAUGAGGAAGAGCAGAAUCUCACCACAUAAUUCUAGGGACUGUUCCAGAAAAAUAUGAUGAUAUCAUGUGGUCAUCACAAAUCUAUGAAUAUUGUAUGCUUAAGCAACCAAAAUAUAAUUUUUCUUUGGGUGUAUAUAUUUAGUAUACUUAUAAAAAAAUGUUGAUUCACUGA